GUGCCACACGUGCUCUACUGCCUGGAGCAUGGCAUCCAGCCCAACGGUACCAUGCCAAGUGAUAAAACCAUCGGUGGGGGUGAUGAUUCCUUUAACACGUUCUUCAGUGAGACCGGUGCAGGAAAACAUGUCCCUCGUGCUGUGUUUGUGGACCUUGAACCAGCAGUAAUAGAUGAGGUUAGGAAUGGGACAUACAAGCAACACUUUCAUCCUGAACAACUGAUAUCUGGUAAAGAAGAUGCUGCAAAUAACUACGCUCGAGGUCAUUACACAGUUGGGAAAGAGAUAAUUGAUCUAGUUCUAGAGCGUAUCAGGAAGCUGUCCGAUCAAUGCACUGGCUUGCAGGGUUUCCUGAUUUUCCACAGCUUUGGGGGAGGCACUGGCUCAGGUUUUACUUCUCUGCUGAUGGAGCGCCUGUCUGUUGACUAUGGGAAAAAAUCAAAAUUGGAAUUUGCCAUCUACCCUGCACCACAGGUCUCGACAGCUGUUGUUGAGCCGUACAACUCGAUCCUGACUACCCACACCACUCUGGAGCAUUCCGACUGUGCCUUUAUGGUUGACAAUGAAGCCAUCUAUGACAUUUGCCGUAGGAAUACGGCAUUUAGCAUGGAAAUCACAGUUAAGCAUGGAGUCAGCUACCUUCUUGGGGAGGUCCAGCUCUCCUUGGAGGGUUUUCUGCUGCCGGGCAUCUUCAUGUCUGGCAAUAUCUACAAUGAGAAUAGAAACCUGUUUGAAGUCAAGGAGAAUGUGCCCAGGAAAUUAGUGGAGAAGGUCGCAGGGGACAUUGAGAGCCUCUUGGCCAAGAAAGUCCGUGCUUUAAAG